AUGGAAAUUUUAACAUAAAACAGAUCAAAAUUAGUACAUUAUUCUCAUAUUCUUCCAAGAACCAUUAAGAAAAAUCGCCAAGCGCUUUAAAAAGCAUUUUAAAGAAUAAUAGAAUCAAUAGCAUGACAAAAAAUUAAUUAAAUCCAAAAUAAGGAUAAGAGUAGGAUGUUGUUUUAGAAGCAUCAAUUUUAUCUAAAUCAUCAUCUUAAGGCUAUUAGUAUUUAUAUAAUUAACAAGGGAUUUUUACUCUAUGAGUUAAAAUGGAUCACCAAGUCCACAUAAUGAGUAAGUUUUUUCUAGUAAUGGAUUCUAAAAUAUUUGGAAAGAGAAAUCGUUGAAUAUUUUAUAUUAUGUCUCGAAAUUCAUUAGGUAAAUAAAAACAAGUGGAAACAAAAUCAAAUUUAAAUUAUUGAAUACAAGGAUAUUAGGUUUGGUUAAUGAUGCAGGAAGUGAUUCAAAUGUAAUAUUAGAAUACCGAGAUAUUUUAAAAAAUGUGAAAAUAAAAAAGAACAUAUGUAAUUUUAACUAUAUUUUCAAAAUUUUAAAGCUAAUUCCAAUAAUUGAUCCUGAUUAAACCAUAAAAAUAAUUUGGGAUAUUAUGAUGCUUAUUUCAAUAAUUAUUAAUUUGAUAUACAUUCCAUUAGAACUUAGCUUUGAUUUUUAGGUAUCAGAUUAAGUAGUUUUAUAUUUAAAUACUAUACCUUCUUGGUUAUUGCUUUUAGAUGUAAUAUUUACUUUAUAAACUGCUUAUUAUCAUGAAGGAACUAUUCAUAGAAGUUAGACAGAAAUAUUAAAAAACUAUACAAAAGGAGGGAAAUUAUUGAUAGAUAUUUUAAUAUUGAUUCCUAUAUUAUUUUAAUAGUAUGAGAUAGAUAUCCUUAAAUUUGCAUUGUUAUUUCGGAUAGUAAAAUUACCAAAGAUGGCAAAUAAUCUUGAAGAAAUAUUUAACCCAAAGGAGUCCUUCAAAAUGUUGUUUUAAUUGGCUAAAUUGAUUUAUUUUAUAAUUAUUACAUGCCAUUUUUGUGCUUGUCUUUGGGGUUUAUUAGGAGAAAUUUAAAUACAACACAAUACAUACUCUUGGAUUACACAUUAUGGAAUAGAUGGUGAAACAUGGACAAAGAAGUAUAUUUAUUCAAUUUAUUAUUGCACAAUUACUACAUUGACUAUUGGUUAUGGAGAUAUAACACCAUAGACAGACAUUGAAAAAAUAUAUUCAAUUCUAUUAGCAUUAUUAGUUUGUGGUAUUUUAGGUUACAGUGUUUCAACUGUUGGAAAUAUCAUUAAAUUACUUUAAGAUAAAGAUUAAUAAUUUAAAUCUAAAUUAUCAAUAUUAACUAAUUAUUUAAAAAGUAGAAAUUUAAAUUAAUAAUUAUAAUUGCAAGUUAGAAAGUAUUUUGAACAUUACUUAAAACUAGAAUAAGAAUCAUAAUUUGAAGCUGAAUUAAUGAUGUAACAAUUAACUAAAGAUUUAAAAGAAAAGGUUGCUAUAGAUUUGUAUUUUAAUAUUCUCAAAAAUUCUAAAGUUUUAGCCAAUUUAUGUGAAAAUUGCCUCAAAAAAUUAUGUUUAUUUGUUCAUGAAAAAAAGUUAGCUCCAGAAGAAAAAAUAUGGUCUCCUGAUGAAAAAGGAACUAAAAUUUACUUUUUAUUAAAAGGGUAAUUAGAUGUGUUGGCAAAUAAUAUUCGACUUAAAACUUUUGAGUAAGGAGUAUUUGGUGAAAAGGAAUGUCUUACUUAAAGUUAAUAUUAAACUUACUUGAAAGCAGUAAAAUUUUCUCAAUUGAUUUAUCUCAAUAUAGAUGAUAUAAUGAAAAUUUUAUAUGAAGAUCAAUAAGAUUUAGAAAGAUUCAAAAUGCUUUAAGAUAAUCUCAUUUUUAAUGAAAGUUUUAAAAAUUUUGGCUAAGUAUGUGAAAUAUGUGGAUGGACUCAUCAAUUAAAUACUUGCCCUUUUGUAUUUGUAAAAGUUAAUAGAAAUAAAAUCAUAACAAUAAAUAAAAAUUCUAAGCCAUAAGAUAGAUUCUUUAAAGAUAGAAAAUAUUACUCAUUUAAAACAAAAUAUUCACUUAAAGAUGUUUAGGAAUGUGGAUUAGCAUUCAUGAUAAAUGAAAAAUUAAUGGAAUAAAUUGAUUGUUCAGACUAAUAUCUUUAAGACUUAGGAUUUAAUAUUUCAAAAGAAGAAGAAGAAUAGGAUGAUAAUACUUAAUAAGGGAGUAAAUAAAAAUAAUUUCAAGAUUCAAAAUUUGAAUCUUUUUCAAAAAGCAACACUUUUACUGAUUAUUUUCGAUAGAAUGAUUAAUCAAAUUAUGAACAAACUAAUAAAUUCACUAAUAAAAAUACUAAUAAACCAAAGUCAAUUCUAUAAAAUAAUAUUCAAAAUUAAAGUGGUUAAUAAUCAAGUUAAUAAUCUCAAUUAUAAACUUCAAUAUAAUAAUAGUAAUAAACAUAAGCCUCUCCUUCAGUUGUGAGAUGGGAUAGUGACAACUUAAAAUAAAAUAAUUAAAGAAAGUAAACAUUACUAUUACGAAAAUUAAAUAAAGAAAGAUCAAUAAAAAUUGAAAUGAGGUUAAAUAACAAAUCUAAACCUUCAUAUGUUUCAACUAUAAGGUAAGAAACUUCAAAUAAUAAAUCUUUAGCUAGGUAUGAUAGUGUUAUGAGUGGUAAACAUAGUAAAUCUGUUUAUCAUAGUAAUAAUACAAAUUCUUAAUUGAUCUCUCCUUAUGAUGAUAUGCUUGGCAUGUUUUAAGAUGAUUAAUUAAUUAAUGAGGAAAAUAUUGAUUUUAAUGUUGAUAAAUAGUAUCUAAUGACAGAAUAUUUUCCACAUUACAAUUAUGAUGUUGUCAUUAAAAAAUUCGAUCAUAAUUUAAUCACUAAGAGAACAAAAAUGUUAGCUACAAUCUCAAGAGGCAAAACCUUAUAGAAAUACAUUAAAUGA